GUCUUUAUUUUUCUUUUUCUAUCUUCCAGCGAUGUUCUGCUUUUCCUCAAAGACAUCAUCAGGCUCGAGUGAGCACAAUCACAUAGUCUUUGGAGACGACACUGCAGAUGAUCGAAGCGGUGUAACAUAUACAGUCAUGACCAUUAAACAGAGACGAGACAAAGCUUCAGACACUGCAGGCGCUGCUGAUAGUCUGAGCCGGGACACAAACCACAGAAGAAAACCACAGACACAAAAAGCAGAAUCAGGAUUAUCCAGCUCCACAGUGACCCAGAACCCUAAAGAUCCACGUUUCACAGAGCGGAAGAUUCUUUAUUCACCCAUCCAGCAGGAAAAAUCCUAAACUUACAUUUUCAAGUGAUGUUCCAUCAUCGUCUUGUCUUCGGUGCCGCCUUGCUGUCUUGCUGUACAGGUGAAUCCUUGGUUAAUGGUCCAACAGAGACGGUCCUGGCCUUUGCUGGAGGAGAUGUCAUCUUGCCCUGCGGCUUCGACAUCAAUGCCAAUGAUGACUUUCCAACAGUCGAGUGGUCCAAGGAGGGCCUGGAGUCAAAUGUCAUCUUCCUGUACCGAGACGGCUGCGAAACGUACGAGAUGAAGAAUCCUGCCUUCGAGUACAGGACGAGCCUCAUCACCAAAGAACUGAAAAAUGGAAACAUUUCAUUAAGGAUCUCCAAUGUGCAGUUGUCCGACACAGGAAAAUACCAAUGCAUGAGGCUGUGGAAUAACCCUAACACCCGGGACAUUACAACGCUGGAGCUUGUUGUGGGUGCUGCUUCCGAGCCGAAACUCUCAAUUGUUUCAGCUGAGAGCGGAGAAGUGACUCUGCAGUGUGAGGCGAACUGCUGGCAGCCGGAGCCAGAGAUAACGUUUCUGGACGAUCAGGGAAACAACAUCAGCGCUGAAGACCCCAAAAGAGAUCAAAACACCAGUGGAUGUUACACUGUGAGAAGGAGGGUGACGCUGCAGACUGCUACCAACAGGGUCACCUGCAGAGUUCACCAGCCAAAUAUCAGCCAGACCAGGGACACAGUGAUUUCCAUACCAGCUGGCUGCCUGAGGUCCUUCACUCUGAUCACUGUCGUCGCUGUCGGAGCAUCCAUUUUACCUCUAUUAGGUUGUGGAAUAGCUGUUUUUAUAUGGAGGAGAUGUCGCAAAUCUGCAGAGGGACGAAAACUGCCAGUGGCCAGGCAGGCAUCAGAUGAAAGUACAAUGAGUGAUGCCGAAAGUCAGUUGCUCCCGAAGCAGAAAGACAUAGAGGACCAGCUGAGAAGGGAGGUGGCUGACCUCAAAUCGAAGCUUUGUGAGAAAGACAAGAUCAUCCUCAAACUACAGAACGACCGCAAAUCUAGGUUAAGUACCGUCGUAUGCCAGCACACCCAGCCAACGAUUUUCUGCAGUCCUUCCAAAUCCUCCCUGGAACCAAAAGCCUUCAGCCCACCAUCUGACCUCAGCCCUAAAGCCAUAAACUUACCCACCGACCACAAUCCGAAACCAACGGCCUCAACCGACAGCAACCCUCCUUCUGUCAACUUACCUCAGAGCAAGGGAGCUAAACGUGACAUCUCAAGGCAAGACAGCAUCCCAGCACAUGGCCGUCCGAUUCAAAGAAAGUAUCGCAAGAACAGCUGUCCAGCUAAUAUGAACUAUACAUUGUUCAGUUCCUCUUCAGCCAGCACGUCAAAGGAAAUGCCAGGUGCUGUCGAUCGUUCAAACAGUGACUCUUGUGUUCAGCCCCGUCCAAACAUUCCCAAGACUCAGCGCAGACAUUCCUACAGUAACCGCUUCUCUCUCCUGGAACAUGUGACGGAAGAAAUGGAGCUGUUGGUGUCGGAAGAAAAAGAGCCCAAAGCAAAUCACGAAGUGUGAAAGUUGGAAUUCCAGCGACCAUGGCAAAUACGAGCAAAACGAUCAGCAUGGCUAGAUACCACUAGCAGUGUGUGAGAUAUAUGAUUUUACGUAAUUUGGGUGAAUUUAUGUUAAAACAUUGUUGUUAUUGAGAGUAUAAGCUCUAUUUUGUCAUCCCUGUCAUAAGCUAACCGGCUGCUGGCUCUAGCUUUCACUUACCGUGCAGACACGAGAGUGAUAUUGAUCUUCUCAUCUAACUCUAAAAAAGUAACAAAUAAGUGUAUUUAAAAAAUAAAAUAUUCCUUUAAUGUUAACAACUCUGUGAACUACUAACCUUGUAUUCACUGCUUUGAUGUUUCCGUUCUGCACCUCAGAGAUAUUACCUGUCAAUCAAACAGUGUGGGUUUUUAUUUAAGUGUAAUUAUUUGCAUGUAAUUAAAAAAACAUAUUACUGAAAGAACAAAAACACAUAAAAGGGGACAUUUCAUUUUACUAUCUACUGCCUUUUCACUGGAAAAACUGGCCCUCUUGUACUUUCACUCUUCUUUUAUUGAAAUAACUGGUAUUGUCUUAAAUAUGCAACGAAACAAUUGUAAAUACUUGAGAUGCAACAAUUUUGCCAGUGUUUUUCACAAA